UUCCGCUCAGCUGGGCCCUCUCUCUUCUGGUGUGGGGAGAAGCAGGAGUGUGGUGUGACCUCUGUUUAAUAUAUACGUUGGUUUCAAAAUGUAUUAUAAAAUCAGCGGAGUGACGGGAAAACUGACGGGAUCUACACCGGCCAGUGCAUACUGCCCUCAGGGGCUGAAACCCACCAUUCCCUCACAACCCACCCCCAUGAUCUUCGCCUUACCCACCAAGGUUGUAUCAGACGCGGGACCUACAGCCGAGUAUCUGGGCUCUAACAAGGUCCCUGAGCUCCAAAAGCUCUUUCAGAAAGCUGACGGCGUUCCAAUUCACCUGAAGCGCGGCGUCAUUGACCGCUUAUUGUACAGGACUACGAUGGGCCUGACGAUUGGAGGAACCCUGUACUGCCUAGUGGCCCUGUAUUUUGCUGCUCAGCCCAGAAAAGUUGAGUAAACCGAAUAAACUGCCCCCGUGGAGCAAAGAAACGGACCAUUACGACUGUAUUCCCAAAGACACUUUGCAUAAUUGCUUUGGUUCUGCAAUAUUUUUUUCCACCUGUUAUUAACCCUUAAUUUAUAUGGCCCUCAAGAGGGUUUGCAAGUUCAUGUUUUAAAAACAGGUCAAGACCAUCACUCCUCUGUAAAUGACUAUGUUCAGAGAUCUGGUGUAUGUGGUGUGGUGUAAUACAGCUGCUGCUUUGGAUAUAGGGUCAGGUGCCUAUAUGCACAGAUGCUUGUAAUGACAAGGGAGUGCAAUGUGAAAUGAUGAAAUAAAUGGGAACUGUACCAGCA